UUAGUCACUGCGCCGGUGCAGGACUGCAGUUGUGUUGGUCUGUCUAACACUAAAAUUCAUCAUCAUAAAAUUAAGAGUUACACCAUACAGGAGGAAGGCAUGUGUCUCAUCAGAGCAGCUGUGUUUAAGACGGUGAAUGGGAAGACAAUUUGCUCUGACCCCAACAGCAGCUGGGUUAAACGUGUCAUUCAGAAGCUGAACCCAAGAACAAAACCAAACCUGGACCCAUCGACAAAACCAAACCUGGACCCAACGAUAAAACCAAACCUGGAUCCAACGACAAAACCAAACCUGGACCCAACGACAAAACCAAACCUGGAUCCAACGACAAAACCAAACCUGGACCCAUCGACAAAACCAAACCUGGACCCAUCGACAAAACCAAACCUGGACCCAACGACAAAACCAAACCUGGACCCAUCGACAAAACCAAACCUGGACCCAACGACAAAACCAAACCUGGAUCCAACGACAAAACCAAACCUGGACUCAAUGAUAAAACCAAACCUGGACCCAACAAUAAAACCAAACCUGGACCCAACAAUAAAACCAAACCUGGACCCACCGACAAAUAAAACAUUACCUGAAAAAAAAUUAACUGAAGAAGGAUCAGCUGACAUCACACCAACAGUGUCCACAUCAUCAAGACCUGCUCCCCCAAGACAAAAAAGAACUGCAAGGAGAAAACAAAAGAAGAACAGAAGACUGAAGAAGCGGCAGAGAAAACAGGGCUGA